UAAUCGUUUGGUUUUUGAGCACUCGCAGCCCACGUCGUCGUCGUCCUCGUCCUCCAGAGUCCGCCACCGGCCACCGCCAGAAGAAAAAAGAAAGGAAAAGAAACGCGGCGUAGCGGAAUGAGAGGGCGAGGUGUGGCAUAGGCGGCGGCGCGUCGUCGUCUCCCUCCCCCGGAUGCGGCCGCGCUGGACGUUCCAGCUCGGUGGUGGUGUCGGCGGUGCCUCCGCCGUGGCUGGCGCCGGAGGGGCAGGAGGUCCGGGAGGUCGCGCACGCCAGUGCGGCGGGGUCGGGUCGAUUUGUUCCUUUUUCCCUUGGGGCCAGAAGGAUAUUCAACGUGCGUUCUCGAUUUCUUGUCACAUCGACCCGCUUUGCUCGAUGAAGCACUGCUCUUGUCUAAAGAGAUGAAUGAUUCAGCAUUGGUAUAUAAUCAUACUGUAGCAAUUGGCAUUCCAAAGCCAAGUGGAACUGUAGAAGGACGCUGUCUGUGGUUCACCUUCAAGCCUGUGCUGCUGCUCAAGGAGGCGCUUCCGGCUUAACAAUCGUUCCUUUGCUUUGCGUCUAAUGAAUAACCAAGUUGGGUCCAACAACCACAUAAACUCGAAUGUGGCUUAUCAAGAUCUGACCAAACUUCUCGGUCUUAGUAGGCUUGACUCUGAGAACCUUUCAGAUGUCUCAACGACUGUUUUGCCACUGAAGUGCGCUAUGGAUCCUACAAAUUUGGUGCAUCUGAGGACCGUACCAUCUGAGACUGGACUUAAACCAGUUGAAAAUUCAAGCGACAAUCUGCAAGAUAUGGCUUAUACCUGUGAAAGCCCGCUUGCUGGAAAAGUCAAGUUCAUGUGUAGCUUUGGUGGGAAAAUCUUGCCUAGGCCAAGUGAUGGGAAGCUCAGGUAUGUAGGCGGGGAAAUACGUCUCAUCUCCAUAACCAGAAACUUCUCAUGGAAAGAACUCAUGCAGAAAACUCUGACAAUCUACAAUCAGCCUCAUAUUAUCAAGUAUCAGCUUCCUGACGAGGAUCUGGAUGCACUGAUAUCUCUCUCAUGUGAGGAGGAUCUUCAGAAUAUGAUGGAAGAAUACUACAGCCUUGAAAAGGUCAAUGGCUCACCUCGACUUAGGAUAUUUCUUGUCUCCCCGACUGAUUGUGAGGAUUCAUCAUUAGAUUCAAGAAGCUUAGAGAGUGAACCGGAGUAUCAAUUUGUCGUUGCUGUGAACAAUCUUGCACAAGCACAACUGAACCGGAGCAUCAGCGGAAGCAAUUUAAUGAAUCAAAUCAAUCAAUCGACCCAUCAAUUGGAUAGUUCCCCACUCCCUUACAGAGACUCACCUGUCUCUCAAAUCAAUACAGAAAUUGGAGCUAAAGCUUCUGUUGGAACAACCAUAAAUGAGUCAUCUUCCCAGUUUUUCCUUGAUCCAUACACACAACAAAUGGUGGCUGAGUCGUCAACGACUUCCUCCCCAAGCAUAAGUCAGCAGAGGACCAUGAAACAGUCUAGGAUGCGACUGCCUGCAGAUGAAACCACAAUGAAUCAAGAACAUGUGAAUAUAAGUGAAUUUUGCAGUGGCUCAAAUCUGGAAACAAUGCUUCUGGACCAUCAAGAUAAGAAGCAAAAUGAUGCAGACACGAGUGUUGGGGUUGGAUUCCUCAUGCACCAUCUUCACAUUCAAAGGCAGGUAAAAGAUUUGGCUAGAAAUGAGAGUGACUUGAGUCCGCAUACCAAACAUGAUAUUUCUAUUCCAGUGGAAGCAUCCUUUUAUUCUGAAAAGGCCUCUGUGCAUCCAGAGAAUGCAAUGUUGGCAUCUGGGCUGCAUGAACACACCGGUCAAAUUCUAGGCAUGCCUCAUGCCUUCUCCGACCCUUUGCUGAAUAGUCUCACUGAAGUACCUGCAUCCAAUUUGUCAUUACCUGCUGAUUCUUACAUAGCCCCGUCAUUUUUCCAGAAAAUAUGUCAAGCUAAAGAGCUGGAGAGAACAAUAAGUGGGAUUAGGCCAGCUUUUGAGUGUGUAAAACCUCCUGAUGUUUCUCGAACGGAUGAAUCAAAUCACUUUGUUUCUGAUCAUAUUGACCAACGAUACAACCAGGGAAUAAUCGGGCCAGCCAGUUCACAGCCACCGGUAUAUUACCGACAUGAAAGUUUGUCUAGCAAUGUGAUAAAAAAAGGCCAUGAUGGUGGUCAUGUAGUUCAACAGCACGAUAAGCUUUAUCAUCAGGAAAACAGCGCAGAUCCAAGUGUUACUCCCUGGUGCAACUUUGUUGAUACAGGGUUCAAUUGCCGCACAUGUGUUGCAAGGCUGUCCUCAGAUGAGUUAGAUGCUCUAGAAAGUUCAGUUCCAAAGCCACUGCAUGCUACUGAUCAUUCCCUUUCAUAUCUUCUGAAUGUAUCCCAAGCAGAGAAUUCAGAUCGUGGAUCGCACGUAGAGAAACUUAAUUCAGGGCUUAUUGUUACAGAUUAUGGAACUACUGGCUGUGUGCAUGGGGAUGAUAAAGUUGCUCCAGAGCCCCAUAUUCUGUUGCCUAUAAACUCUUCUGAAGCUUUUUCCUCGCAAAGGCCAAUGGGAAAUAGAGAAUCCAGUGUAUAUCAAAACAGAAAUUUGGACCAAUCAUCAGUGCAUAGCUCUGGUUUGGCUACCUCUCCACAUACUGGGCUUAGUGAUGCUGAUAUGUGCAUAAACUUGUAUGGCGAUGGUGCCCUCUGUUUGUCUUCAUUUCAGAAUCCAGUUCUAGGUGGUGUUUCAAGGAGAGAGGACCCCCUUGAUCACCGAAAUGUCGCGUGCACUGAAGGAAUAAUUGGAUUUGAUCGUUCCACCAUCAAUAAUGAAAGCAAGAAUCUAACGCACAGAAUGCACGAUAAUGUUCAAAUGGCUGUGCCUGUUAUAGUUGAGGACGUGACUGAUAAUGUGCCUUCUGGCAUUCCAUCAUCCAGACCAGUUGUUCCUCAGGCUGAAGUGGCAAUUGAAGAACGGCAAGAGGUGAUUAUUUCAUCACAGAAUGAUGAUGAUGCUAGGAGCAACCGGCCAGAGCUAGCUAAUGAGGAUCAUGAUGAUGGAGCUGCAGAUGGGCCCAUAAGUGAUGCUGUAGUUGCUGAACUUGAAGCCAGCAUGUAUGGAUUGCAGAUUAUAAGAAAUGGUGACCUCGAGGAGCUACGCGAAUUGGGAUCUGGCACGUUUGGAACAGUAUACUAUGGAAAGUGGCGAGGAACUGAUGUUGCUAUCAAACGUAUUAAGAAAAGCUGUUUCGCGGGUAAAUCAUCUGAACAAGAGAAACUUACCAAGGACUUUUGGAGGGAGGCACAUAUUCUUUCGAAGUUACAUCAUCCAAAUGUUGUUGCUUUCUAUGGCGUGGUCCCUGAUGGAACUGGAGGAACAUUGGCAACUGUGACAGAAUUCAUGGUGAAUGGAUCACUAAGGAAUGUUCUUUUAAGGAAGGACAGAAUGCUUGAUCUUCGGAGAAAGCUCAUCAUUGCAAUGGAUGCGGCAUUUGGGAUGGAAUACUUGCACUCCAAAAGCAUAGUGCAUUUUGAUUUGAAAUGUGACAACUUACUUGUUAAUUUGAGAGAUCCUCAGAGGCCAAUCUGCAAGGUUGGAGACUUCGGAUUGUCAAGAAUUAAGCGCAACACUUUGGUUUCUGGUGGUGUACGGGGCACUCUUCCAUGGAUGGCACCAGAGCUGUUGAAUGGUAGCAGCAGCCGAGUGUCUGAGAAGGUGGACGUGUUCUCUUUCGGUAUAGUUUUAUGGGAGAUUUUGACUGGUGAGGAGCCAUACGCAAAUAUGCAUUGUGGUGCUAUCAUAGGGGGCAUUGUCAAUAACACUCUCCGGCCUCCAAUACCUGAAAACUGUGACCCUGAAUGGCGAAAACUGAUGGAGCGAUGUUGGUCGGCCAAUCCUGAUGCCCGGCCCUCGUUCACCGAGGUCACUGACAGGUUACGAGCCAUGUCAGCAGUGCUUCAACCAAGGGGACAGACUCCGGGAAACAGAUAAUGAGCUGGAUCAACCAGGAGUGGUCGCCCUCCGUUCCUGCACUGACCUGCAGGCCUCCUAUAUGUGCAUAGAGAUAGUAUAUACAUACAUGUAUUUAUUGGUCACGGUGUGUAUUCUAUUCUGACGUGUAUCUAUGGUUAUUAUGUUCAUUUUUUCACCCCAUUUUGAGGGUUUCUGAUGUAAUUACAUGUAUCUGAGUUAACUAGUGCAGGCUUGUUCUGGCCUCACGUUUGUUAACUUUUUUUCUUUUCUUUUUUUUUUGCCUUGGGUUGUAAAAAUAUGAGCUUGACACUUGUAAUUAUAUAGUAGCAGAUGUGACUAUAUCGACAUGUCAUUUUUGGAA